AUUGUUUCGGGCUCCAUUACGACGCACACAGAAAGGGAGAGAAAAGUCUUGUGGUAAGCAAUGGCAACGGCACUGGUGCGAUCUGGUUUUCUUCGAACCGCCCUAAGAGGCGGUGCUCGUGGCGCCACCACUCCCAAACGAAACUUUGCUUCGUCUGGUCAUCACGAUGAUGCAUAUGAGACGGCCAAGUGGGAGAAGAUUACAUAUCUAGGCAUUGCUACAUGCACUAUUUUAGCCAUUUAUACUCUAUCAAAGGGCCACCCGCACUUUGAUGAAACUCCUUCAUACCCAUAUUUGCAUAUCCGCAAUAAGGAAUUCCCUUGGGGUCCUGAUGGGUUAUUUGAAUCGAAGCACCACUAGGAGAAUUGGUUGGUUUAAUGAAAGGUAGUUUGUGCACUGAUGGCCAUUCCUUUUGUCAAAGUUUAAGAAAUAGUGAUUAUUGCAGUUUCGUAUUGUUGAUUGAAAUUUGAAAUAGAACUUGCACUUGACAACGUGGUUUGUCAUGUUGCUAUCUUGUUUUCGUUCUCAUGGUUGAAGCAAAAUAAAAUCGUCAAACAAUAUGAUGCUUGUUUUUAUACCAAAUCUUGUUCAGUUGCUUCGAUUUUGAAAGAGAUCCCAGGAAUAUUGCAUCAUGUUU